AUGGAGCAACAAAGAAAAGGAGGAUGGAUUCCGGCUGUAAAUCAGUGGAAAGGUGGAAGAGGGAAAGGCAUGGAAGCAUCGCAUGGUCUUUUCUCUGUUUUUGUGGAUCAUAUACCAUCAAAAAUGGAUGCUAAAUCAUUAUUCAAGUUCUUCUCAAAAUUUGGCAUAGUUAAGGAUGUUUUCAUUCCUUCCAAAAGACGAGUAGUGUCACAUUCAAGGUUCGGAUUUGUGAGGUUCGAUUGUAAUGUAGCAACUGAUAUAGCCAUUCAAAAAGCCAACGGUCUUCUGGUGGAUGACAAAGUUCUAGAAGUCAAAGCUGCAACUCUUGAUAGAAGAAAGAGGGAGGAGCAUAACAGGCGAAAUCCAGAAGUUAUGAAACAGUAG